UUUUUUUUUUUUUGAUUUUUUUAAGCAUACUUUUCUUGAAUUUACUGUGCAAUGAUUCAACAACGAAAAAACGCAAUGAACACCGAGCUUUCUGGUUUAAACCGAACAGCCGAUAAAAACUACUGGGGUUUAGUAACUUCAGAUCCAGACGUCUUUAACGACAUGCUUAAAGAAUAUGGUGUUAAAGACACUAAAGCAGAAGAAUUGUUUUCACUUGACUUUGAGAACUUGGAGGAUGAAGGUCCUGUCCAUGGCUUGAUUGUCAUAACUGAGUUUACAGAAGAACCUUUAAUUGAGGGUUAUGACAAAGUCGAUGAGGAUGAGGAUGAUAUCAUCUUUAGUGCACAAGUAGUUACAAAUGCUUGUGGCACAUUGGCUCUUAUCGGAGUCUUAUUAAAUGCAGAUAUAUCAGAGAGAGGUGAAAUUCUCAACAAUUUCUUGGAAUUCACAAGAGGAUUCUCUCCUAUUAAUCGCGGUCUUUGUUUGGGUAACUCUGAUGAAAUCAGACGCAUUCAUAAUGCUUAUGCCCCCGCUCAUCAAAUUGCUGAUGAAUUAUUGACCAAUAACACUGCCGCCACCGUUACUACUGCUGCUGCCGCCGAUUCAGACGAAGAGGGUGACUCUAUGAAAUAUGAAACUGAUUAUCAUUAUGUGACCUAUAUCUUCAAGAACGGAUUCCUUUGGGAAAUGAAUGGUCUUGACAAUCGACCUAAAAAAAUUUGUCCAUGUACGAAACAGGACUGGCUUACGAAGGCUGAGCCCAGCGUUCAAAGAAGAAUGGCCGAUAAGACAAAUGCCUCGAUCAUAGCCAUCAAGCAUGAUCCCUUAUCUUCCUUGGUUGCAGAGAACGCUUUGUUGAAGACCAAUUUAACGAAAUUCGACAAGGUCUUCAAAUCAAAAGUCCCAAUCAAGAAGGCAACAUUGGUAAACUAUGCAACGCAAUUCAAGGCUGACACAAGUCCAGAUGCAGCCAAUCAUGAGGCUAUAAAAACCGUUUGGGACGAUCUGGUCAAUGGUAAUACACCGGUCAAGCCAAGAGUGAACAUGCUUCGAGAGAGACAAAGCCAACUUGAAUCAAGAAUCAAGAUGGAGGAAGAAAAUCGCUUGAUUUCUAGCCAAAACAUUUGCCGACAAAAGUUCGAUUACUUCCCAUUCUUAACAUCGCUCAUCAGUAAAGCUUACAAACGUAAAUUGCUCGACGAUGAUGAAUCUGAGGAGGAACUUGAAAAGUUACCCACCCCACCAAAAAAACGAAAAAACAAUAAGAAUCAGCCCAUCAAAGCUUGAAAAAGAUUCGUUUUUCUUACCACCUACUGAUACCACUACUUAUAUUACCAAUACCAAUACCCAUACCUUCACAUCACAACCUAAAUUUGAUUGUAAAAUCAUCUUUGUUCUAAAAAAAAAAAAAAAAACCGUAG